ACAGCCGGUAAGAAGAAAGACUUCCUUUGCUCUCUUUGCUACGUGCGUUAGCGGGCUAACAGCUAGCACAACAGGGCACUUCCUACUUAUUACAACCUUCUUAUCUUCAGUUUUACUUUAAAGUAUGUGGAGUCAAGCGACAAGACUGUGCUUACUUUAAAAAUCAGAGCCUUGGACGACCUUAUGCUACAAAAUAAUAUAGCUAGUAUCUGCAGUAGACCCUUAAACUGGUCCAGACUGUCGGUCUCUCGUGGAUCGUGACGUUAACUGGACACUGCUGGCUAGCACUUCCUUUUACAGCUGCUAGCUUCAGCACUGCUAACAUGAUGUAUGAUUUUGUUGUCGAUAUUGUGUUUGCUUUCCCUCUGCAUGGCAGUGCUUGUUUGAAUUUGACGCUGACUAAUGCUGUAGUGUCAAAUCGUUGUAUUCACUAAGUCAAAGUUUGGCUACACACCCCUCACGCUGGACCCGUGUUGACAUUUAACGUCGCAUGCUGUGAUUGGUAGCCAACCAGAAGUAGACAAACAGAUCACUUUCAGACUACUUCUCUCCAAGAAUUAAAGUGAAGGAUUUUGCACUCCAGCAGCGCCCCCCACACCAUUUCCCUCCUCUUGUCCAGGAGACUCCAAUGAAGCCCUCACAGGUCCCUAACCGGCUUCCCCACCCAACACCCAGGACAGUGUUGCCACUUCAAACACACCACUUCCCAGUAUCUCCUUGCCAGGACCAAAGACAUAAACCAACACCUUCAAGUGAAAAAUUAGCUCAAGUUGUGGACUUGAACUGCACUUCUCUGAAGAGGAGGAGGGAGUUUGACGACUCUGACCACAGUGCUGUGAAACUGCAUCGUCUUGGUGAAAACUCUUGCAGAGCGCAGACACCAAAACCCACAGUUGGCAAUUCACUCAGCACUUCACUGGUGUCCCAACCAUCAACAAAGCCGUCUCCAGGUUUUGAACAGUCACCGAAACCAGGAAAUAGCCAUCACUGGAGGGAACCAGUAUGUGGCCAACCAACCUGCUCAGAGCCAUCAUCCAAGUCUAAACCCACCCAGUCAUCCUGUGCAUCCCUGACACCUGAACUCUGUGUACAGAGACAACCAGCCAGGGGGGCAAAGCAAGCCUAUAUAGAAUGCACUCAGAGUCAGACUCUGCGGCUAAUGGUUUUUAGUCCACUCUCAAUGCAAUGUGAUGAAGCCAUCGCUGAUUUCAAGAAAAGAAAGGAGACAAACGACGAAAGGGACAAACCAUGCACUUUGUUUUCCUCUGGGAUUCCCUCAAAAGACAAUGGUAGCUCACCUUCUUUUCACUUAGGGAGCCCGCACUCUAGUGAUCACUGUAGUACCUCCCUCUUGCCUAUGAAGACCCCGAGCAGAGGUUAUCAGGUGGAGGAGAACAGAAAGUCAGGUAACUUCACUCCCAAACCAACUUCAAAACCAAAUUCAGAUUCUCCGAGUUGUCGCUCGUUAAAACGGAGCAAAAGUGGCCCCUCAAGAAGACGCCUUUCAAUUGCAGAUGAUAUAGAUGACCUUUUCACCCCUGAUCCCAGGACAUAUGUAGUUGGCCCCACACAGAAGACUUCCAAGCCAAAGAUAGAUAGGGAGGUGAACAGACCCCUGGAGAAAAGUUGUUCAUCCAACACUGUGACCAGCCCUUGUACCGCUGUUCUAGGAUCCUCGGCUGGAAAAACACAAAAUAUCACAAAACCUGCUUCUCCUCAUGCAGGGGACAAAAACACCUGCCCUGUGUCAUCACAGAAUCAAGAGCCCCAACAACACCGUGUGCCAGUUGUAACUUUGAAGCGGGUUAAUCUUGGAAACCUCAGAUCCCCUCGAUGUGGGAACAAACUCCGUUAUUCUUCCUCUUUAAGCUUGCAGCGUAAGGAUAAAAAUCUUAAAUCUAAUGAGAAACACAAAUCUCCCCCCAACACUGUGGCAGCAUGCACUUUAGAGACUGACACCGCUGCCUCUUCUGCACAACCUUGUAUUGGGUCUCCAGUGAUGGAGAGGCAGGCAAACGGAGAGGGGAGACAGCAGGAGAACGAAGUAGAUCCUAUAGAUAUGGAGCUGGACCUAGACCUGAGCUUGGCAUUAGACUUGGAUCUAGCUCAGAGCUCCCAUAGCAGUGAGGACGAGCCGCUGCUUUCCCUGGACGAGAUGAUGGAGCGUGUGACCAAGCCUCUAGAUACACCAGAAGAGGGGUCUUUCUCAGAGCCGGGUACACCUGGACAACGCGCCUGUAAGCAAAGAAUUUAUUUACAACCAAUCACAAAAUCAGCCAACUACAAGAACAGCCUUGAUCAGAUGCUGAAGGAAAUAAACACCAACAAAAAAUCAAAAGAGAUUGAGAUGCAGCUUCUAACAGCAUGUAAAGAGGACCUGUUGAGAAUAGCUGAAUAUGAGGAGGCUGAGGAGAACCGAGAUAACGGCAUCUCCACUGAACACCAGGAGUUCCUCCAGCGCUACACAUUAAUGUCCAAUGCAAUCAGGGAGGUGCCUCCAGGAGAAGUGGUGUUUAACCUGGAGAAAUUUGGCCAAAUCUUCAACCAUGAUACGCUGCAGCUCAGACAAUGCAUGGUCUCCCCAGAGGGGGCAGCUCAGAAAACACUUCUGUGGUCUAGCCCUGCUCAGCUGAGACUGCACAUAAAUAUUGGAUUGUUCCAUCAAGCCUACAACUGUCAUUCACCGUGUCCUACUCAGGUUACCCGUUUUCUCUUCAAGAUGAUGUCCGUCCAUAAUGAGAGACUGGUGUCUGAAAGUAUUCUACAGACCCUCUGUGACAUAGGCAGCUCUGCUGCUUAUCAGAUAGUGAAAAAUGGGAGCCAGAAGUUUGAAGUGUGGGUGCCCAGCUUGGCUGAUGUGACGCUAGUCCUGAUGAACAUGGGAGCUUCGUUCGUUACUCUCUUUCCUUUUGAGAAUCUGCAGCCUCCGUUCACUGAGGGAGAUUUGCUGGAGGACGUCUGUAUCAAAGUAGAGAGUUCAUCCAGCUAUGAGGAGCAGAGCACUUUCCCUGAGCACAACUGCAUCAACAUCCUGAAGUACGUGUCUUACUGCAUGAGUCUCUGUCCGCGGGCCUACAGCGACAAAGAGCUGCUGUUGCUGCUAACAGUGGUGGGGAGGGUGGGUCUGGACCAACAGCUAAUUCUCCAGUCCCCCUUGGAAAUGUAUCCUCUGCUGUACAAAGCUGUCAACAACUUCAGGGACUGGAGCGCCAUGCUGCCCAGAAUCUGUUUGGCGUUCACUGAUCUAACGGAUGACCACCACAACAUGUGCCUGCUUGUUAGAAUGCUGCCUGAUAACACACGCGGAAAGCAACUGCGUCGACAUCUGAGCCUGUCCAUGAUCUCCAAACUGUUGGACGGAAACUGUACUUACAGUCCUACAGAGAGUGAGAUUCAGCUAUCUGAACUGAGGCGGUUCCUGCCCCGCAUGCAACCCUCCACCCUUCUCCGGAACAUGCUGAGGAGUCAAAGAGAUAAAGAAGACACGGCAACACUGGACCAACAGUCCUACUACCUCUGCUACAGCCUUCUGACCUUGGCAAAUGAAGCGUCAAAUUUCCAGUUCUUCCCAGCCCAUCAAAAGAAGCAACUUCUGAUUCUGUGCUCUGAGCUAGAAAUGCACGUGAAGUGUGACAUCAGAGAGAGUGAGAAAUGUCUCUACCGGAGCAAGGUAAAGGAUCUGGUUGCCAGGAUCUACACCAAGUGGCAGAUGCUCCUCCAGAGGACCAGGCCUCUAAAUGGUAAGCUGUAUGAUUAUUGGCAGCCCUUGUCUAUGGAUACUUUGACAAGCAGCCAAGAAGAGCUGGAGUUGAAAAGCAACGAUGAAAGAAAUGAGGCUGAAGAGGAGGAAGCCAGUGGAACUGAAGACAAUGAGGUUGAAAUGAUGGCUGAAGAUGAUGAUAACGAAGAGACAGACGAUACAAUGGAUGAGCCAAACAAAGCAGGCAAAGACAAAGAGCAUCUUUUGCAUGACAAAGAGAUGCCAGAGCCAGAGACCCAAGUACACACAGAGUCUAAAGCUACAGAGGAGAACAUAGAAGCCGUAAACAAGGAGUGUAAUGAGACCGAGACUGGAGAAAACUAUCAGCUUAACCAGGCUUAGGCAGGAGUUCAGUGUCAUACAGAUUUUGUUUGUUUUCAGGACUUUAGUAGCUUUUGCCUUAAUGUCAAGCUCAAUUUGCACUAUUAGCCGAUCUCUUACCUCCACGUUUGUCAAUACAGAUAACUGUAUUAUGAGAAAUAAAGCCAUUUUGGAAGAGAAACUGAAGUUUGUCAAAGGUGCAGACCUCAUCUUCUUUUUGCUUUGUGCUGCUCAAGAAAUAAAAUACUCUUUCACUCUGUUUUGAUAGAAGUUGAAAUGUUGUUUGAAUUCUAUUUAAUUUACUAAAGAAGUGUGCAAUGUGUGAAAUGUUGAUUUUUGUUUGGUUUAUUGACAUCCUGUCAAAGGGUCCCAAUGAAACCUGUUCAUAUUGAGGGAUGUUUUUUACAUUGCUUUUGUGUUCCUGCUAUGUUUGUUAAAAUGUUGUCAUUUCGGAAAGACAGUAAAUAAUCUGUUUAUUUGCCCACCCCA